GUGUCACUCUGUACACCCUCCCCGGGGCUCUGAAGAGGUGUGUGCUGCGAAAUUUAGCUUUCUAUGCCAUAUUCUAGCUCAAAUGUGGCCAGCAGAAGGUAAACAAUAAAACCAAGUCUUUGAUUGCAUUUACGGAAAGCAGCUAUCGAGUACAAUCUAGCUUCCUUGAUAUCCGUGGUCUUCCCGAUAGGGCUCUCGGCGUUGAGUGUAUGUACCGUUAGCUGUAGCAGGUCAAGGUUUGCUAUACAGCCAAUAUGAAGCUGAAAGAGUUGGAAAGUUGUCUUCAACAAGUGGACGCCUUUGAAGAACCCAAGAUUCUUCUUGAACAAUAUCCAACCAGCCCUCACAUUGCAGCAUGUAUGCUUUAUACAAUCCACAACACAUUUGAUGACAUCGAGGGCAAAUUGGUUGCAGAUUUGGGAUGCGGAUGUGGCGUUCUUAGCAUUGGAGCAGCAAUGCUUGAUGCAGGUUUGUGUGUUGGGUUUGACAUUGAUGACGACGCACUGGAGAUAUUCAAAAGGAACUCUGAGGAAUUUGAGCUGACCAACGUAGACCUGAUCCRGUGUGACAUGUGCUCCCUGAGAUCCCAUGCAUAUGCCAAGAAAUUUGACACUGUGAUAAUGAAUCCUCCAUUUGGUACCAAACACAACCAAGGUAUGGACAUGCAGUUUCUGAGGACCGCUUUAACUAUGGCAACAACAGCAGUAUAUUCCCUUCACAAAACAUCAACACGAGGCCACAUACAGAAGAAAGCAAGUGACUGGGGAGUAAAAAUGGAAGUAAUAGCAGAGCUAAGAUAUGACUUGCCAGCGUCCUACAAGUUCCACAAGAAGAAAUCGGUUGACAUCAAGGUGGACUUUMUACGGUUUUCCACAACAUGAAGCCUCCACUGGAAUGGAAUAAAGUUGUUUUCAAUGGGUUUCUUUUCAAAUAAAAUGCUUCAACGAGA